UGCAUUCUGCGCCUGCGCCUUCCACAUGUUUUCGUCGCCAUGUUGAAACGCUGUAGCGUGAAUGAAUUCGAGGACGUAUUAUAAAAUACAUGUUCACACUUUUCUUUCAAGGUUUAGCUUAAAUCACACAAUACGUGUAGUCAACACGUUGUAGAAAACAAUGGGGAAGCGGUAUUACUGCGACUACUGCGAUCGCAGCUUUCAGGACAACAUGCACAACAGAAAGAAGCACCUGAACGGCGUCCAACACCACCGAGCAAAGAAAGCCUGGUUUGACAACUUCAGAGACGCUGCUGCAAUCCUAAAAGAAGAGCGGGCAAAGGAACCAUGCAGAAAGUUUCUCCAAACAGGGCAGUGUGUAUUUGGUAUAAACUGUCGUUUUUCACACAUGUCCGAGAGGCACAUGAAUAUGUUGGAGCAAAAGAUUGAUGAUGAACGGCGACAGAAGGAAUUUACUGAGCAAGAUGGAUCAUCAUCUGAACGCGGCCUUGAUGAAUGGCUCUCCAGAAGAAAGAAGAAACAGGCUGCGUUGACAUCAGGAAGUAUUUAGAAGAUGGACGAAGAAGAGUGCCUUGAAAACAUUGAGAUACCGCCGUACCUUCUGUCUAUUCCAGAUCUUCCUCCAUCUCUCCAUCCCCCACCAACUGGUGGUUGGAAAGUGAGCUUGCAGAAUGAAUGGGGUUGAUAUAGAAUGUAUAAAAAUCAUUUUAUAUUGUGUAUUAAUAACAAAAAUGUGUUCAAAUCCCAGUGACCAUGCUGCUGUUUUUAUAUACAAUUUGUAAAUAAUGGUGCCAUAUUUGCAUCAAAUAGUAUAGUAAAACCAUUUGAGAUUUAUUUAUUCAGAUUUUAUUUUGUGCAAUUAAUAGCGUAACAUGUACUAAUGGUCCUUUAUUUGCAACGCCACUGGCAUGAUGCAAUAUUUUAAUAGAAAGUAGUUUACAUAAUAGGUUCUUUCAUUUGCAAGGUGUCAAGAAGUUUUCACCGUGUUCUCAGGAUAAAUGUUAGACUAUAGGGAGAACUAGUGUUGGCAUCUGCAUUCCGUGCCAGUGGUUUAUAUUGAAAUUCAGACUAGAGAAGCUUUUUCAAUUUACUCCUGAUAGCUUGUUUCAGAGAUGUUCCCCUUGUCUGCACUGAUGAAUGUUACACUUGACCAGGAUGCGUUACAUUUACAGGCUUGGUGAUGAAAGGCUAUCGGCUUUGUGUAGGAGCAGAGGCAGCGUAAUUGAGAUGUCUAAAAGUUUUGCGUCUCCUUGAGCUAGUUUAGAUGAGUUUGGUAACUUAAAACCAGCAUUAACACCCAUGUGUUAGCGCUGCACAGCUCCGAAGACGUGGAUGUGAAAUAUCACAGUAUAUACACAUCCUGUCAUUAUAGGCAUACUUUACUCUGACGUUCAUAGAUUUGCAGAUUCAUCUUUUGUGCUGUUGAAGUUUGAAUAAAUGCAGCUGGAGAUGCAUAUUUUAUUGCAGUUAACACUGUAGUUGUGUUUGUAGUAUCAGUUAUGCAUCACACAUUGACCUCAUUUUACACUCAAAUAUAGACAGAUUGAAUUAGUAGAAAUGUACUAAAGAAAGCGCAAAUAAGGACCACCACUGUUUUAAUUCAGUUGCUCACAUGGUACAGUUAAAUGUAAUUCUCAGCACAUUUUGGCACAUCAUAGAUUCAAGAUGAUACAUCGACAUUGAUGCAAUAUAAAAUGACAUAUAUCAGUUAAAUAUCUUACUGUUACAUCAGUACAUUAAUAUAAUUAUGUGAACUAACUCCCAACAUAUAUCAGUCAUUAUGUAAUUGGAUAUGUGCUGUAUUACCCCAUGUGGAUUAUGAUGAAUUUAUAGUAAAGAAAUAUUGAAAAAUACAGGUAAACAAAAUAAAGCAUAUAUUUCAUAUAAUCUUAAG